GAAGGGCCUCUCGGCCGUGUCCUCGAGCUCAAACAGGGAUCUGCUGAGCCUAGAGCCUGCUGCGCAGCUCCUCAACUUCCGGGAUGCGAUCAUCGCGCUCAUGCUGCAAAGCCUGCUGUUCAAGAAGGCAGUGCUCGAUUGGGAUCUCAAGGCGGAGCGGGCCUACGCCGAUGGGCCCACGGUGGCCAUGGCAGAGCUGGCUGUGAACAUCUUCUCGAAGACCGAGAGUUUGCCAUACAAGUUGCGGCCAACUGCGCUUCCAAAGCUUAGUGGGCAUGGGCCUUUCACCUUCCUCAAAACCAAGGAGGAGAAAGGUCGCCAGCCUGCGAACACGGCACCGGGCCUUACGGCCUUGCAGGGACAUCUCCUGGCCGUUCUUCGGGAGAUGCAGCGCAUGGGCAAGGGCCUGAGAAACAUGGACUUUGCCGAGAAGGUGCACAUCUCCACCAACGAGACAGGGGAAAAUCCGGCGGCGGAGGAGCUUGCUCAGGAGAUGGUGAAAUGGUUCGAGAGGUGUGCGCAGCUCGAAAAGGAGCUGACCACGAACAAGGGCGAAGUGGAGAAUCUGAUGGAAAGACAGGUGGAGGAGUUGGAGAAGACCCUCGCAAACAAGGAGACAGCGAACAAGAAGCUCGUGACAGGCAUCCACAAGCUGGAGAACGAAAAGCAGAGCCUCAGGUACGAGCUCAUGACGCUGCAGCGUGAGAAGUCUGAGCUAACGGAGCAGAACAAUCGCAUUGCGAAGGAGAGCUUGCCGGUGAUCGAGAAGAUGCGCGCGCUUGUGGACCGAUCCAUGGAGGCCACGCAGCGGCUGACGAAGGAUUCGCUGCUGUUGUCCAGCGUUUUCCGAAAGCAGGUACAAGAGACCGAGCGGGUGCUGGAAGACAGGGACAAGAUCGGCAAGGACCUGGAGAAGGCGAAGAGGCAGCUUCAGGUAGAAAAGGAGAAGAACACCGUGAAGGAGGUGGAGCUGCAGAAGGUGGAGACGAUGUACUUGAGAACCAUGGCGGCGAGAAGGUCCAUCCAGGACAGCUUCAACGAGCAGCGGGAUCGUAUCGUGAAGGUGGAGGCAAGCAUGGCCCAGAGAGAGGUGCAACGACAGGAACUGCUUCGUGUUAUCGAGGGCAAGGAUGGACACAUCCGGGAGCUCGAGGAAGAUCUCCGCCGU